AUGACUGAAAUACUGCUUUACCAAGAAGCAGAGGAGUUUGUUCGAAGUUUGCAGUCUUUUGACAUAUACAACGUGGGUAGCAGAGAGUGGCAUGCCCAGCACACACGUCUUGUCAAACUGAACAUGCAAACCCACCAGAAUAUGAUGUUUAAUCGUGAGGACUAUGUUGCUGAUCUUAUGAACACGUAUAGGAAAUGGGAUGUCAUCAUUUCUGACCUUAUAUGCAUACACUUGUUUAAAAUUCACGUCUUUCCAGCCAUUGUUGCAAACCUAAAGCAACGGCACACAGAUGAACCUAUUCGCCCAGACCUUGAGCCAUGCAUGGCACAUUUUCUGUACGAUCUUUUAUUCCAUGAGGUCGUACUGGCGGAAUUUUUGGCAUCUACUUGCCUUGACAAGCUUCCAGAAGCAGAGCACCUCGACGACCUUGUGGACUGGUGCGUAUAUCAUAUUACAAAUUUGAUUUCAAAAAAAUUCACCAGAUUGCCCUGCGCCGGGAAAGACAAUUCAGAAAAAAAAUCAAAACUUGAUCCACGUUUUCCCACAUCGGAGCUAAGUGCUGCAGUUUCCCAGGGACUUCGUGACCGUUUAAAACAGCAGGCUCAAGACUCUAGCAAAUCCAUGCUUGAAAUUGCGCAGCAUCUAGAAAAUAGCAUUCUGGGCUUUUUUGACCAGUUGGUAGAGAAUGAUGUUUCUAUUAAUUACAACACAUCCCUGACUGUUCUAUCCUUGCUGCGAGGCCUACUCUUUCACAAGCUCCCCAUCUCCCUUCAGUCAAAGCUCAAAGCCACUAGGAUAUCGGUACUUGUUGCACAGCUCCUUACCAAGAAUGUCGCUGCGCUCUAUGGAAAUAUUGCGCCGUGGCAACGAAUGCUUAAUGACAGGUCCCUAGAGUACUGGGACGGAACAUCCUGGUACAAGUAUGCCACCAAUGAAGAAUCUAAUUAUAAGCUGACCGUGAUGGAAGCUCAGGUUUGGCUAAUCCUUCUAGAAGCUAGAGCAAACAUCCCCGACCAAUUCACACAAAACGAGUUGUCUGUCUUCGAUUCCAUAAAGGGACGGCUCAAUGAAACUCUUGUCAGCCAGCUCCCUGAGUUGAAAGAGUAUAGGCUUUACCUAGAGCAGCUGAUUCUUCAGGGUGCCCAACAAGAAGCUAGUUCAGUGCUUGCCAAACAGCAGCAAAAGAUACGCGAACAAUACGGUCUCGCAGAUGACUUUACUCUGGCUUCCGAUGCACAGUUAUAUUCUCCAGGAGCUAUUCUUGUUCAAACAGCCAACUAUUACGAGUCCGAGCUCACCCUUAAAGUACGUUAUUGGUAUCAAAUGCAUACAAAGGCGCACACAAAAGGAGAGGUAGCAAAAACAGGGCCCACAUUUAUUACAGACAUGACUGAUAAGGAAGAAGAGUCCAUAGGAACCUCCGUCACUUCAUUUGAAGCCCUCUCGCAAGUCAUCAAACAAGCAAUGUAUGAUGCUCUUGCAGAAGAGUAUGUAAGACUGAUGGGGACGCUUAGGGUGGAAGACAUAGCAGAUACUAGUUCCACAGGGGUGUAUCUAGACCACUAUAGCAGCGUGUUUCCUGUCUGUACCAACUGUGGGGUACUUGCACGCAACAGGUGUUCUCGAUGCCACAACGUUUGGUACUGUGGAAGAAAAUGCCAAAAGAUAGACUGGGUUGCCGGGCACUCCAAAGUAUGUAAGCGGCAAGAUAUACCGAAGUCUGACAUAAUAAUGCAAAAGAAAGAAGAGACAGAGCAGAAGAAAGGCAUAGAGGGAAACCCCGAGUACGUAGAAGAGGAACAGAUAAAUCCCUUUGAUCAGCCAGACUAA